AUGGGAAGCACAACCCUUGACAAACUGAGUGAGGCCCUCCUUACCAUCGAUGACCUUGGAGAUCCCAGCUUUCUUCAAAAGCAAGACGUGAUUCGGGACACCGGCAUGGAAACUUCGAUACUACAGAUUGUUCUGGUUGGAGGUCGCUCUUCCGGCAAAACCUCUCUCUUGGAGAGGCUCACAGGAUGCACCUUCUUCCAUUAUGUGAUUGACAAUCUUAAUGCCAAGACCCUCGCAGAUACGGUCGAGCAGGCAGCAGCUGUGAUGGGCCUCCGGAAGGGCCGUGAGGACAAUGAAGAUGAUGUGUCCCUGUACAGCGAAGAUAUUUUUGAGAUUCAAAUCUCUGGACCUCAUUUUGAAGACAGCGAGGGGAAGAAGAAAAGGUCCAUGAUAGACGGCAUUGCACGGAAGCAUCUCAUGAACGAACAAACCAUGUAUGUCACAGCCUAUUCCCAACUCUUCUCGUAUCAUUAUCCUGUAAAGUCUGCCAAUCAUGACUACGAUCAUAGCAUUCUUGCAGUUAUGUCGCCCUUUUCCGAUCACGCCAAAGAAGACGUUCUACAACUUGCCAAAGCCGCUGACCCACGCGGUGAGAGGACGCUAUGCGUCCUGACACACGCCGAUGUACGAACGUCUAGCGUACAGACCACUUUCCAUCCGUUUCAGGAGGAUACACACGGUUUGGGCUGUUUUUGGGUCCGAAAUCGUGGCGCUGGCAAAGGUGAGCUUAGCGCCGGCCAGGUCAGGGCGAGGGAACUGGCACUUUUUGCCGAAUCUCAAUGGGCCAACUUCUCUGGACUUGAGGCUGAACGGACCAUUGUUAACGCCCUGAAGAGUGCGUUGCAAAUGCCACUGAGGGAUCUUGCCAAGGAAUGCCUUGAUAGACAAAGGACUACAGUCCUAGUGCGGUUGUCUUCCUGCAAGAACGAGCUUCUGGCGUUAGGCCCCGCGAUAGCAUGGGAAUUCGAUUUUACCAUGAUUUUCCGAGAACAAGCAGCAAAAUGGGCCCUCCACGCCAACUAUCUUAUGGAGUCGGCCAUCAUCACUGUCCAUCGCUUCAUCUAUGAAGUGAUGGAAGACGUCUUCGAGCAUCCAAAUGCUCGCAAAGAACUACAGGACCUCAUGAGCAAAAAGAUUCUCAAGGGGUAUAGGCAGGCAUGGGACCACAAGGAGAUUCUGGUCAAGAUGGAACUUGGCUGCCGGUGUCAAACAUACAACCCGAACCUGGAGGAGGCCAUCAUGAAGAUAGGCUGGGAGGACUCGCGAACAACUUUGGUCGAGUCCUACCACGAUCAAAAGCGCCAACUCGGUUCUGAAAGGGCAUUUGACGCCGCUGUGGAGGCUGCGUUUGGCUCCUGCGCACCGGUCGAUGAGCUUCAUGACAUCUUGCAGGCCUACUACAAGAUUGCCACCGACAGAUUCCCCGAUAACAUCUGUCGGCAAGCGGUCAGCUAUUUCUUGCUCAAGGCAGACGAGAGCCCGGUAAAGAUCCCCACGGCAGAGUUCAUUGCAAACUUGAGCGACUCGCAGCUGGAAAGGAUUGCUGGCGAGGAUGCGAUGACGAGAGCGAAGAGGCUGAGUCUUGAAGCGGAGCUCGAGCCUUUGGAGAAGGCACUGAAGGUGUUGCGGGAGUAA